GCUGACUCUCCCCCCCACCUUCCGGCCGGAGCCGCUGCUGCCGCGGAAAGCUUGACUCUGGUUUCAGUGUCGAUUGUGACCAUGGCUGCUGAAUCUGAUGUUCUGCACUUCCAGUUUGAACAACAAGGAGAUGUAGUCUUGCAGAAAAUGAACCUCUUGAGGCAGCAGAAUUUAUUUUGUGAUGUGUCAAUUUAUAUUAAUGACACUGAGUUCCAGGGACACAAGGUGAUUUUAGCUGCUUGCUCCACCUUUAUGAGAGAUCAGUUUUUACUCACGCAAUCAAAACAUGUCAGAAUCACCAUCUUGCAGAGUGCAGAAGUUGGCAGAAAAUUGUUGCUCUCUUGCUACACUGGAGCACUUGAAGUUAAAAGGAAAGAGCUUUUGAAAUAUUUGACUGCUGCCAGUUACCUUCAGAUGGUUCACAUUGUGGAAAAGUGCACAGAAGCUUUGUCAAAGUAUCUGGAAAUUGAUCUUUCUAUGAAAAAUAACAAUCAGCAUGCUGACCUGUGUCAAUCCUCUGAUCCAGAUGUGAAGAAUGAAGAUGAAAAUUCAGAUAAAGACUGUGAGAUCAUUGAAAUUUCAGAAGAUAGUCCUGUAAACAUAGAUUUCCAUGUUAAAGAAGAGGAAAGCAACGUUUUACAGUCUACAGUAGAGAGCUUGACAGCAGAGAGAGAGGAAAUGAGAUCACCAGAGCUGUCUUCAGUAGACAUGGCUUUUAAAGACAAUGAAAUUCGUAUCCUCCAUGUGGAAUCUAUCAGUACUGGGGGUGUAGAAAAUGGAAAGUUUUCACAGCCCUGUACCUCUUCAAAAGCAAGCAUGUAUUUCUCAGAAACACAGCAUUCACUGAUCAAUUCUACAGUUGAGAGCAGAGUGGCAGAAGUUCCUGGGAAUCAAGAUCAAGGCUUAUUUUGUGAGAACACUGAAGGAAGUCAUGGUCCAGUGAAUGAGGUUCAGAAUCUAGGGGAUGCUUUUUCCCUGAGGCACCAGUGCCCCCGGUGCCCUCGAGGGUUUCUUCACGUUGAGAACUAUCUGCGCCACCUUAAGAUGCAUAAACUGUUCUUGUGCUUACAAUGUGGGAAAACAUUUACACAAAAGAAAAAUCUCAACAGGCACAUUCGAGGGCACAUGGGCAUACGGCCCUUUCAGUGUACUGUGUGCUUGAAGACAUUUACUGCGAAAAGCACACUUCAAGACCACUUGAAUAUACACAGUGGGGAUCGGCCAUAUAAAUGCCACUGUUGUGACAUGGAUUUCAAGCACAAAUCUGCCCUCAAAAAGCAUUUAACCUCUCUCCAUGGCAGAAGCAGUGGUGAAAAACUACCCAGGCAUGAUCUGGAAAGGCAAAACCUACUGUAACUAGAACCACACCUUGUUAUGAGACUUCUCUGCCAGAGCCACCAUUCUCUGAGAUAAAGCUGAAGCCUCUUUUUAGAUUCUGAAAAAAGUUUGUCAACAGUUCUGACACACAUUUGUUACGUUCCUUAUUCAUUUUUUUCUCUCUGCCUUGCCUUGGAGAGCACGGCCACCUUCUGACCAACUCAGCCUCCCCCUUGGGGAGCAUCUCUGCUAUCUGCAGGGUCUGCUGCAGCUUCUGCUCUGCCAGCUCCAGGAGUUCCUGCAACUGGUGGUUUUCAGCCUCAAUUUCACGAACACUUCGUUGCAGUUUCAUGUUCACUUCCUUAGAUUUGAUGAGGUCUUCUCUGGCUGUGUACAGAUCUGUCAUGUGAGUUGAGAGGACUGCCAGGCGCUCCCUCAUCUGGCUCUUCUCUCUUGACUACUUAUCUCUGAUUUCCUGGAGUUCCAUCAAUAUAGUGGGGUCUUCCUCAUGAGAACCAUCAGAAGAUCUCCACAGAGAUCAGGUUCCUGGAGGUCUCUGCCAUCACAUCCGUGUACAAGGCCCUCUAAGCAGAGUUCAGGCAUUCCCUCUCCUGAGGGAAUUCAGUGGCCAUGUCCUCAAAGGUCAACUGUUCCUGAGAAAAAGCCAUUCCAGAUUCCAGUUCUUUCCUUUUCCGUAGGCCACGUGAGUCCUUGGAAAUUUAUCUUGAAAGUUUGAAAGAUGUUUAUUGCUUAGAAUCACCAUUCCCCUUCCUGUGCCACAACCACACGCACAUGGAUGACCUCACUGUGUGGAAUAGACAGUCCUCUGCUGCUCACAGUCACAGGAGGGAUUCAGCACAGCAAACUCCCACACAGAGGCCAACAGGUAAGGUUUCCGACACAUCCCUUCAGGUCAGGCUUGCCCGGGAGUUCCCUGGUGGCCUAGUGAGUGGUUAGGAUUCUGUGCUCUCACUGUCAUGGCCUAGGUUCAAUUCCUGGUGAGGGAGCUGAGGUUCCGCCAGCCAAGAAACUUUCCAAUAUAUAAGAAGAGGAGAAUAAGGCACUCAGGCUUGGAGUAAACCAGUAAUGGCAACGUCUGGAUUUGCUUGAGGCGGAGGACCAGGUGCUGGGAUUUGAGGUCUCUGGAGGGUUCCACAUGAACCCGAAGUGUAGUGGGGUACCAUGCAGCACAAAUUUACAUUAGAAGCCCUCCUUGAGAGUUUUAUUGCAUAUUUUCAGAAAUGUGCCAAAAGCAAAACCAGGAUGUGUGGUUAUUUUACCGAGAGUAAUAUUAAGGUUGUGUUAAUGAGCCAUGGCUUUCUAACAUCCCUAUCUGCAUGUAAUACAAAACGUUUUGUUGGUAUAACAAGAUUUAAACAUACUGCAGGGCACAUCAUAUUUUCUAAAACACAGGAACUACUUUUAGUAAAGAAGCCUGACUAGAUACAUCUUAUUUCAAGAUGUUCUGUGCCUCCUCCACUCACCUCAGCUUUAUUUAGAAUUUCUGUUUAGUUUCUGUGGAAGCCCUUUCACAUUUUAAAUUGUAAUAUACUUUGUACCAUUUAAUGUAUUUUGUGAUGAAUCACAUGUUGAUUGUAUAAGUGUUAAAUAUCCUUUUUGUGAUACUUUGUGAAAAAUAAAUUCUUUAUAGAUUUUUAACUCUGGGAGAGAUUUUAAAUAAUCCAGCUCUCAUAUUGGAUAAGAAAAACAACUUUAUAACACCCAGGUCACUAGUUAGUGACAUUGGGUAGGUCAUCUCUCCUUGAGCUUUUCAUAAGUUUAUAUGUAAAAUGACAACUUCGAUUUUGACAAAGUAAGAUCAUUUCCAGGUCUAAAAUUCUUUGAUUUUAUAGGUAAAUCUCCCUGAAUUUCUAAGGACAGAGAAGAGGGAAAAGCCAGGGAGGAGAGUUUUGUGUCUUUAUGAAUGUUGCUACUUGAGUACUCCAUUGGAGGCAGAAUUUUUCUGAAUUAAACAUUUUCUUCCACUGGAGAAUUUGAUAGCACAGUGUUCGGUUUUCUUUCCCAUUUGACCUAUGAUUGGCCAUUUUUAGGCAUGAGAACAUUUUCCUUUCAGAAACAGUUUAUGAUUAAAGUACUCUUAUUUUUGCUUCCUAGAAUGAAGUUUUGUGGGGGAGGGAUGGAGAUGGGAGGGAGAGUAAAAGAAUAGAAAUAAACUUUUUUUUUUUUUAGAAAUUGAUAUCUAUCUUUGAUGUUUGAAAAAAAUUAUGAUUGUACUAUGUUUUUGCUUUAUGUGUGCCUUGUAAACUUCUUGUGAAAUUUUUUGUAAGCUCUUUGAGACUUGCUUGUGGGGCAGGGCUGUUUUGUGAAAGUGAUGGUUGUUAUUUAUUAUUAUUUAUUCCUGUUCACUAGCACAGAGUGAUCUCAGGUCAUUCCUGGGGGAGUGUCUGUCUGCAUGAUGUAUCUAAACAAUUUCAGGAAAAUGAAAUCGUUUUUUAAAAUGCAAAGUAAAGUUUGGCAAAGUAAAAUGUUGAAUUUAUUCAUUGAAAACAUUCACUUUUAGUUCUUUGUGGUUGCUGGUAUGAUGGGAAAAGUAUGCAGUAUGUUUUGGUUCAGCUUCUUCAUUUACUGGAUUUAUGUAUAAAAGAUCUCAGAGAGACAACUGUUAGUUUGGUGUAAAAGAAAAUCCUUGCCCUUUUCCCCUGGAUGUAACUAUUCUAUAUGUUUACAUAAGAAAUAAUAAACUGGAAAUGGGAAUGGG